AUGGCUCGGAAGAAGGUUCGGCGCAGUGCCGUCGUCUCGGACGCUACUUUCCGCAUCCUACGGCUCAAGAAAGAGCUGCAGAAUAAUGCCAGAGUACUGAAAGUGGUGGUGGAUGAAGUCGACAUGCUCCGUUUGUGUCGUUCGCUGGGCAUGGCUGUAUCCGACGAAAGCAACCGGGCGGCGAUGCACAAGUUCGAGUCCGGGAUGUUUGCCCCUAGCAAGUACGACUCGGACCUCGCGCGCUUCAUGCGAGAGAAGCUAGCGGUUGGGAGCGACGCGCUUCAUGAAGAAGACCAGGCAGAAGAACGUCAGCUGAAGAUCGGAUGCCUAUUUGGAAAGCAAGAGGAAGUUAAGGCUCAGCUCGAGCGAAUGGGCUUCUGGAGCCGCGACUGUGAGGAGAAUCUUCCGCUUCACGGCCAGGGCGUCUACUGCAUCAAGAAAACUGGCGAGAUUGAUCCACAAUGCUGCCAGUAUGUCGUAUUUGCUUGGAUAAAUGCUGGUCUGUUCGAUCCCGAGGUGAUCCGUGACACCCCAGCAUACAUUCUCCGGUUUUUGAUCGAAGCGUCUGAGAGCUCCGGCCCACAUUGGGACUCCUGCUCAAUCGCAUUUCAGGUCCAGAAGCAAGAAGAGCAGAGCGACGACGUUAGUUGCGGGAAGUUGUCAAAGUCGUCAAUUCCCCGUUGGUGGGGUGUUCCCUGCCAUUGUCGUCAAAAGCGCGGCGCCAUCAACUACAAAGUGGGUCACAGAUGGCGGGCUAGUGCCCACCACUGA